UUUAGCAUUAAAGUGCAGCACGAAGAAAUGUGACAGCAAGGUCCUUUUUUCCUUGGGUCCGGUUUGUCCGAACCCAAAGGCAUUCUCCGUGAUUCUCGGUUUCAGUGUAUUUCAGCGCUCAUUUUAUGCUUCAGGAUGAGUGGAAAAGCAUCAUCCAGUUCUGUGACUCAGAGAAUCACGUCUUCACUGAGUCUCGCCACAAUAACCUUUGUCAGGGAAAGAGUGCGUGGGAGAUCAUGAGAAGUCAUGCAGAUUUUGCACUAAAUUCCAGCGAACCAGCCAGUGGAUUGAUAAUUAACGUGGAACAUUUACGGCGAGAGUACAUUGUGCUUCUGGUGGAAUACACAGCGGACAUGGUGAACGUAGAUCAUAAGUGGAGUACCUGCACGACAGUGUUUCAGUACCUGCUCCAUGAUCUCGCGUGGGUACCAAGUUGGAGAAUCAACGUCUUAGAAGUUAAGAUCGAUACACAAGUCAAUAUUUUGCGACUUGGAAAUAUCCAGAAUAAAUGUUUCAUAUAUCACCGCUUCCACUUUAUGGUUAGGUCACCCUUGACCCUUAUUUCGUCCCUCAAAGAGACUUCUGCCGGUGCUAAGAGCCUCUCCCUCAGGUGUGGGUGA